AUGGCACAGGUUUGGGAAAAAAGAUUUAAUGAUAACUUUAGAGGGUUAUUGAAAAGGUCUGAUUCUGACAGACAAGUUUUACUUAACAGAAGACCUUUAAAGUUUGAACCAAAAAUUUCAGAAACUAUUAGGCAAAAAGAGAAAAAGAAUCCUGCUAAGAUUUUAACAGUUGAAGCAAAAACACACACAAGCCACCGCACGACUGAACAAAUAGUAGGAAGAAGAUCGUCUUCCAGAGCACUUGUGAGGGUGAAAAGUCUAAAGCAGUCAGAUAUGGUUGUUUGCCCAUACCAAGUGCUACCAAAAUCUAAAACCACAAAAUUUGGAGAGAAAGCAAAAUUUGGCAAGUCAAUGUGAAAUGAAAUUGAUCUGUCGGAUAUUGAACAAGACACCAUGAAUGGCUUUGAAGAUAGCCAAAAGCACAAUGAUGAAUCAUUUUUGAGUAUAGUAGCCGCUCUAAAUAAUGUAUAA